ACGGCGCGGGAGCGGGAGGGUGCUGCAGGCCGCCAUUAUGCCCGCUUUCCGCCAGGUGGGCGAGAAGCAGCUGCCGCAGGAGGUGGCGCUCAUGGCCUGGUCCCCCAAGCGGGACCUCAUCGCGCUCGCCAACCGCGCCGGGGAGGUUUUACUUCACCGACUAGCAAAUUUUCAACGAGUUUGGAGUUUGCCACCAAAUGAAAACACAGGAAAAGAAGUGACAGCCCUUGCUUGGAGACCAGAUGGCAAAAUUUUAGCUUUUGGUCUUGCUGAUACUAAGAGGGUCAUCCUAUGUGAUGUAGAAAAACCUGAAAGCUUGCACUCUUUCUCAGUGGAUGCUCCUAUUACUUACAUGCAUUGGAUGGAAGUAACUGAAGAAAGCAGUGUCCUUACCUCAUUUUAUAAUGCUGAGGAUGAGUCAAAUCUUCUUCUGCCUAAAUUACCUGCACUGCCAAAAAACUAUAGCACCACUGCAAAAAUCUUCAGUGAAGAAAAAUCAGAUGAAAUUAUGAAACUGCUAGGGGAUGUAAGGCUUAAUGCCCUCGUCCUUGGUGGAAACUCUGCUUUUAUUGAGGUUUACGCUUAUGGGAUGUUCAAGAUUGCAACAGUAACAGGGGUGACAGGUUCUUGUCGGGGGUUGUGUUUGUCUAGUGAUUUGAAAUCACUAUCAGUCAUUGCAGAGAUGCAAAAUUCCUCGGAUGGUACUUUGGAGAUGAUGUAUUUUCAGCUGGAUACCAGUCUACUGUCAACCUAUUUACCUGAAGUAACUCGAAUGGCCAGAAAAUUUACUCAUAUUUCUACUCUGCUACAGUAUAUAAAAUUGUCACUGACCUGCAUGUGUGAAGCAUGGGAAGAAAUUUUGAUGCAGAUGGAUUCGCGUCUAACCAAAUUUGUCCAGGAAAAGAACACAACCACAUCUGUUCAGGAUGAAUUUAUGCAGCUGCUGCUUUGGGGAAAAGCAAGCCCUGAACUUCAGGCACUAUUAAUGAACCAACUAACAGUGAAGGGUUUAAAAAAGCUUGGUCAGUCCAUAGAGUCUUCCUACUCCAGUAUACAAAAGUUAGUCAUAAGUCACUUGCAGAGUGGUUCAGAGGCCUUGUUAUAUCAUUUAAGUGAACUGAAAGGAAUGGCAUUAUGGAAACAAAAAUAUGAGUCGCUUGGAUUAGAUGCAGCGGGAAUUGAAGGUGCUAUUACUGCUGUUGGUUCUUUCAUCCUAAAAGCAAAUGAGCUUCUUCAAGUUAUAGACAGUAGCAUGAAAAAUUUCAAAGCAUUUUUCCGAUGGCUUUAUGUAGCUAUGUUGAGGAUGUCAGAAGACCAUGUGCUUCCAGAGCUGAACAAGAUGACUCAGAAAGACAUAACAUUUGUUGCUGAUUUUCUUACUGAACACUUCAAUGAGGCACCAGAGCUCUAUAAUCGUAAAGGAAAAUACUUCAAUGUUGAGAGAGUUGGCCAGUACUUAAAAGAUGAAGAUGAUGACCUAGUUUCACCACCUAACACAAAGGGAAACCAGUGGUUUAACUUUCUUAAAAAUAGCACACAUCUCAAAGAAAGCCCAUUGCUGUUUCCCUAUUAUCCCCAGAAAUCGCUUCAUUUCGUCAAAAGGCAAAUGGAGGGGAUCAUUGAUCAGUGUCUACAAAAACCAGCUGAUGUGAUUGGAAAGUCAGUACAUCAAGUAAUCUGCAUUUCCCUCUACAAAGUGUCUCAAAGUGAGGAAUCCGUGCCUCAAUUAUUUAAAUUACCUUUCCUGUGGAAUAACAAAUCCUCCAGUACACAUUACGUUCUCUUCACCAUGGCAGAAAGUUCCAUUUCGAAAAUUUACAUUUUGAGGAGGCAUACAGAUACUUCUAGGUCUGUUAACAAUGGGCUACUUGCUGUGGAGUUUGGAAACUUCUUGAACAACAGUAUAAAUGAAAGCUCAGAAUCAAGGUUCUACAGUUGUUUAGAUGCCCAUUUUUAUGAUGAUGAAACUGUAACUGUAGUUCUAAAGGAAAAUGCUGAACAAGAGGGGAAGGAGAGAAUCUUGGCUCAGUUGCCUUUAUCUUCAGUGUACAUUGAGAACCAAGAAAGGAAAUUCAGCUGGGAUCUAAGCAAAAGGUUGGAUGAGCAAUGUGAUGAUAUUUCUACACGUACUGUCUUUUUGGAGAGUCAGUGGAGAGUACUGGAGAAUAUGAAAGCCCAGUAUGUUGCUGUAAACGGCAUUAGAAAAGUUUCUUGUGUGCUCAGUUCAAAUCUUCGUCAUGUGAGAGUGUUUGAGAUGGAUGUAGAAGAUGAUGGAGAAGCAGAGGAAGAGGAGGAGGAGGAAACUACUCGAACAGGAGGUGGAGAACAUGAGCUGAAUCAGUCAACAGAUAACCAAGACAAUGUGUGUGGUGGUUCUGCUGAACUGGCAGAAGAAACUGGAGAACUUGAAUCAAACUUGGAUUCUUGACCUGAUCCUUGUUAUUGGUACAAAGAUGUAGGAGCAACCUCUCUAGUUUCAAACAAGUGACACUUCUUCUUUAUACUGUAUCCAUGUAUUGAGCAUGUGAAUCUUGUGGAUAUUUUAGAAUAUACUACUUGACUCCCUA